UAUCAACUUGGGCCCCUCCAAAAAAACCAAACGCACCAAGGCUUGAAAGGGAAUUAGAUAGACUCGAGGAAAAGCACCAAAAGACCCUACAAAAUUCUCCUCAUCUCUCCAUUCAAUCCGGCGUUAGAUGAGAUACCCUCAACCACCAUGAUAAAUACCUGAAUUAUCUCCCAUUUUCAGUUCAGUUUCUGAUAAAAAAAUCUUCGGGUGGUUAAAAAUGGAUGAUUUCAGCUUUCCUACAAUCCAAACAGACCCGGAUGAUUGCGCGCUCCCAUUUCCUCACUUUGCAGCAUCUCCUCUUUGGUAUCGAAGAAGCUUCUCAUCGGCGAGGGAGGCUGCUAAGGUCGCUGAUUCCUUAUCGGCGCUUAGUGAUGAUGAAGGUGCACGCGCAUGCGCAUGCGAUAAAUUUGUCAGCAACGAGGAGAAGAUGGAUAUGCUGUGGGAGGAUUUCAACGAAGACCUCUAUCCGGUUUCUUGCGAGUGGAAGAAGAAUUUUAAAGGGAAGUCAGGGUCGAUUGCAGAAUUUCGCUACGGUCAGGCCUUUGGCGUGCCGAAGAGGAGCAGCAGCUUGCUUCCUCGAAGGAAACCGAGCUUGGUUGUGAUGCUCAAAGUGCUGAAGAAGCUGUUCUUGAUACAGAAGAAUGGCUCGGGGAAAAGAGCACCGGUCUGCAAAAUAUAGUUUGAGUGAGUUCGAUCAAUUGAGAUUGAUUCCAUACACGAUAUUGAACAAUUCAGAGGAUGUACAAAUGGGAUAUAGAUACAAAAUGAAAUAGUAGAUUGCUAUGCUUUUCUGUAAGAAAUGUAAACUUUCUUCUUCUUUUUUUUUUUUUUUGCCAUCUUCUAUAAAUUAAGGCCCUUCAGAGUCUCAUUAUGGGUUAC